CCUCUGAGCCCGUCCUCCUAUUCCGGGUUGUAACUAAAUACUGUUGCGAGCACAGCCGAGGCCCUUUGUUGGAGAUGUGUGAGCGCAGUCUCUACAGAGCUGGCUAUGUGGGCUCGCUUCUGAAUUUACAGUCACCGGACUCUUUCUACUUUUCCAACCUGAGAGCCAAUGGCAGCCAGUUGGCCGCGCUUCCCCCCAUCUCAUACCCUCGCAGCGCGCUGCCCUGGGCUACUACGCCCGCCUCAUGCACCCCUGCGCAGCCUGCCACCGCCUCUGCCUUUGGAGGCUUCUCUCAGCCUUACUUGACCGGCUCUGGGCCAAUUGGCCUGCAGUCUCCAGGCGCCAAGGACGGACCCGAAGACCAGGUCAAGUUCUAUACGCCUGAUGCGCCCACCGCAUCUGAGGAACGCAGCCGGACUAGGCCGCCCUUCGCCCCCGAGUCUAGUCUGGUUCAUUCGGCUCUCAAAGGCACCAAGUAUGACUACGCGGGUGUGGGCCGGACCGCUCCAGGCUCUGCGACCCUGCUCCAGGGGGCCCCCUGUGCCUCCAGCUUCAAGGAAGACACCAAAGGCCCGCUCAACUUGAACAUGGCAGUGCAAGUGGCCGGGGUGGCCUCUUGCCUGCGAUCUUCACUGCCCGACGGCCUGCCGUGGGGGGCGGCCCCGGGGAGGGCCCGCAAGAAGAGGAAACCCUACACAAAGCAGCAGAUUGCGGAGCUGGAGAACGAAUUCCUGGUCAAUGAAUUCAUCAACCGGCAGAAGCGUAAGGAAUUGUCUAACAGGCUGAACCUCAGCGACCAGCAGGUCAAAAUCUGGUUCCAGAACCGGCGUAUGAAGAAGAAGCGGGUAGUGCAGCGCGAGCAAGCACUGGCCCUCUAUUAGCUGCCCACGGGGGCCUGAGGCCUUGCCAAGCCUGCCCUUUUGGACCAAGGCCUGGCUGUGGAGGAGGUGUUGGGGCUGCAGAUUUCCCUCCCACUCCUCUGGUCCUGGGCGCCCUUCGGCUCAGUCUGUAGCUGAGGAACCAGGAGGAGAUUUGGAGAUGAGGCCAGUGGAGCCCCCUUCGCUUUCAGCUCUCUUUGGGACCCUCCUGAGAGGUGUUUGGGAAUUGCAAUCUAACACUGGCUUUAAACAUUCAGCAUGGUGUCUGGGGGUCACCUGUCCUUGUCUAUGAUGUUUACAUCCGGGGCUCACUAUUGAAACACUGUAUGAGGGUUUGUUUUUUCCGGUUUUCAACGUGUUCUUUUUCUUUUUCUUUCUCUAUCCAGCUCUUUCUGCAUGAAACAGGAGCCUAGCUAGAGCUCCGGGUAUAAGUGCAGGUAGAAAGGCCCUGAGACCCCGCUGCAGUGCAAGGGGCUGGGGAUAACUCUAGCCCCUUCGCAGCAGAAGCCCUUUGUGACAAAGCUGGGCUCUCCACUCUGCAGGAAGGAAAGGGCCUGAUUCCACAACCCCCAUCUGCCCUGAAUGAUUUGGGAGGACAAAAGCUACCCUAGACCUUCAGACUUGUGGGGGGGGGGGGAGGAAAGGAUACCCUGGAACCUCAGCGCUUCAAAGGUUCUCCUGCUGAGUAAAACAGGCUGGAAGAUCUCCUUCUCAGAGACAGGGAGAGAAACUGGGACUCCAAAACAAAGUAUGGUCUCUAGACUGUCAUAAUUCCCCUGCUCCAGCCUCACCUAUCCCUGAGCCAAGGCCAAGCACUCUGUAACUAGAUCCCCAGAACUGAGCUAUGGGUGAGGGGAGCUGCUGGCCUGUUUUGAGGCUUGGCUGCACAGGGAAGAAAGAAGAGUAAGCGAGGCGGAGGAGGAUCUGCACUCUGUAACCACGACUCUCCUCUUGAAUGAAUGAAGUUAUCCAUAUGUCUGUCUUUCUUGAAUUUCCUUAAUGUAUCACCACAGGAAGAGACCCCCCCCCCAAAAAAAAUGCCUCCUUGAGGAGUCUGAAGGGUGGGAGAAGAAACCUCUCAGAUUCUCAGACUGUAGUUGCUGCUCUUGAAGGACAGAAAACCAGCACUUCUUCCCCAUCCUCUCCACCACCCACCAACUCCAUCAGAACUUAGCUAGGGUGUCUCUUCUCAGAGACUGGUGGUCAGCUCUUGUAAAGCUUUUAAGGCCCCAAGCCCUGCCAGGUUUACCUUGAGAAACCUAGGUUUUCUGAAUUGUGAAUGAAGUUGCUCUACGCCUGUUAUAGAAUCUGUCCAGCCUCAUUCCCAGUGAAUUCAACUCCGCCUUCCCCUACAAUCUUUGCCUCUUCUUUUGAGCUUUAAGCCCCACCCCCAACCUUUAGCAAGAUGCACAACAUCCCAAAGGCUCAUGAUUCCUUCCCCAAGUCCAAUGGCUUUCCUUUAGAGAAGGUCUCCAGGAACUGGACCUCGAAGGGCAUCUCACAAGGACCUUUGAGCCUCGCCCCAACUGACCUCGGUUGGUGUGUUAAAUAUUAUUUCCUGUGCUAACAGUUGCCGUUUAUGUUUUGUUUUGAUUUUGUAAAAUAACACUUCCCUGUAUAUAUUAGCUUCAUAGUGAAAAUAAAUAUCCAGAUCCC